AUGUGCUCUAGUUUUCCUGACUGUGGAAAGGGAGAGGCAACUGAUCCCCCAGGAGGCAAUGAAUGGAACUCAACAUUGCAGGAAUGCAAGCCCGUGUGUGUGUGUGUGUGUGUGUGUACACCAGACAGUGUGUGUUUUUGUUGGUGUGCACAUGCCUGUGUUUGAGUGAACAACGGGAGCGAGAUUUGGAAGCCGAUUUCCAGUUCCUAUAGCAACCAUGAUGUAAGCGGAGAGGGGCAACAGCGCCCCAUUUCUCUCUAUCUCUCCCCUCUCACUCUCCCUUUCUCUCCCUCUCCCCUCAAAAAACAGACAGCCCAGCACACAGGAAACCUGGGUGUGGAAGAUAGGAAAGUCAUCCUCAUUUUUGCUGGAAUAUAAGGCAUUUUUCUUGUAUUUAUUUUUUUCUUAUGUUUUUAAGAUUUGCAAGCUGUUUAGUAACAUGGACGUUUCAAUCUUUGGAGAGAAAGGUCUGCUUGUCAUGUCUGCCAAGAAAAUCAUUUAGUGCCAGAGGCUGUGGCAGUUGGUGUAUGGCUGUUCUCAGAUGAAGUCCCUGUAAAGAGCGCCUUUGUGAACUUUACUGUUUUUUAAAAAAGGAUAAAACUGGUAAGUCACCUCUAAUGAGGUCUGCCCUUUCACUGUGCUCAGAGACCCCAGAAGCAGCGGCAUGGAGAACCGGCGCUGCCAGCACUCUCAACAGCCCAAUGCCCAGCCCCAAGAGGCCUCGUCUGGGCCUCAGUCCUCCAUGCCCCAGUCCCCUUUACUGUCUGGAGCCUCUUCCCUCAUCUCCCUUACCCAGACAGAGGAGUUCUUUGACCUGAUAGCCAGUUCCCAGAGCCGCAGACUGGAUGACCAAAGAGCCAGUAUAGGGGACCGUCUGGGCAUCAGGAUAGCACAGAACAAUGUGGGACACUUGUGCGAGUCAUGUAGUCCAUGGGAACCUAGUGACGAGUUUUUCAACAUGCUCAUAAAGUAUCAGUCCUCCAGAAUCAAUGAUCAGAGGUGCUCUUUGCCACCAGCACCAGACCCAGAUGAAGACUUCUUCAGCCUAAUUCAGAGAGUGCAAUCCAAACGUAUGGAUGAACAACGGGUUUCCUUUCCUUCUGAUGAAAAUGAUGAAACAGACUUAAAUUCUAAGUCCAAAACCUCUGAGGGCUCAAGCUAGAGACUGUGGCACUUCUGAUACGACUUCCACAAUUUUUUCUGCAAACUCUGACCCUCUGGCUGCACAUUUUGAUCUUCCGAGGCUGGGGUUAGGGAGGAGUAAUAUAGGUUUAUUUUAAUUAGUAGGAUUAUAUCAUGUUGAAUUGUUUUAUAUUUUUACAGACAAGUUACCCUGAGGUGAAUCCAAACCCAACAGAUGUGAUUCAGAGGGAAUGGAAACAAUCACCUGUUUGUAUGUUCCAACAAUUGUUCUUUUACAAAAGUGUUUGUGCAAAUUUCAAGCAAGGUAACACCAUGGAAAAUGAUUAACAUGAUGCUUUCUGAGGAUAAUAUUACUAACUAAUGUCACACAACACAGUAUAGAUCAGUGUGACAGCUCACAAUGAAUAUAAAUUAACUGAUUCCCAACAGAUGGGAGCAAUUGUUUGGCAUGACACUGAAGUUACAUGGCUCAUGGAUCAGUUCAUUAGGUUGUCUAAUUCUGCUGAUAAGUAAUAUAAGUAAUACCAAUAGUAACAUCUUUCAGAAGAUUUAAGAAAAGCUGAAUCCAUCUUUAGAAUUAAAAAGUGCAUAUCGUUAGUCUGUGAAAAGUGGAUAGACUGAUUUUGAGGUGCACUGUUUAACAUGAUGUUUUUUUUUUUUUUUUUCAUUGGAAUAAAA